GACCGCGCCGCCAUCUUGUCCGCCAUUUGCAAUCUGACUGGAGCGGGAGCACUGAGGGAAGAAGCCAGCAGGCAGCCAGCCGGCGCCGGUCCCGCCGCCGCCGCCGCCGCCCGCCCUGUGCUGCCUUUGCCUGGGAUGUGACGGCCUCUGGCCCGGCCCCCUGCCCUUCCUCCCUCCCUCGCUUCGGAGCGCCCCCGGCGGCAGGCCCAGCCCGGCGACCCCCGCCCGUCAGCGCGCUCCCUCCUCCCCGGCGCCCCCCACCCCAGCCCGGGUCCGGCUCCGGCCGCAGCCGCCGCCGCCGCGAUGGCGCUGAAGAUGGUGAAGGGCAGCAUCGACCGCAUGUUCGACAAGAACCUGCAGGACCUCGUCCGCGGCAUCCGGAACCACAAGGAGGACGAGGCCAAAUACAUAUCUCAGUGUAUUGAUGAGAUCAAACAAGAAUUGAAGCAAGACAACAUUGCAGUAAAAGCAAAUGCAGUCUGCAAGCUUACCUACUUACAGAUGUUGGGAUAUGACAUCAGCUGGGCUGCUUUCAACAUUAUUGAAGUAAUGAGUGCUUCAAAGUUUACAUUUAAGCGAGUUGGUUAUCUAGCUGCUUCUCAGUGCUUUCAUGAAGGAACUGAUGUAAUUAUGCUGACUACCAAUCAAAUUCGAAAGGACCUGAGUAGCCCCAACCAGUAUGAUACUGGAGUUGCACUGACCGGUUUGUCCUGUUUUGUUACUCCAGAUCUUGCCAGAGAUUUGGCAAAUGACAUCAUGACUCUGAUGUCACACACGAAGCCUUACAUCAGGAAGAAGGCCGUGCUAAUCAUGUAUAAAGUGUUCUUGAAGUACCCAGAGUCCCUCCGCCCUGCCUUCCCUCGUCUAAAAGAAAAGCUUGAGGAUCCUGACCCUGGUGUGCAGUCUGCAGCGGUGAAUGUCAUCUGUGAACUGGCCAGACGAAAUCCCAAAAACUACCUGUCCCUUGCUCCACUAUUUUUUAAGUUGAUGACUUCUUCCACUAAUAAUUGGGUCCUCAUUAAGAUUAUCAAAUUGUUUGGUGCUCUUACUCCCUUAGAACCAAGGCUGGGAAAAAAACUGAUUGAACCCCUCACCAACCUAAUACAUAGCACUUCUGCCAUGUCUCUUCUCUAUGAAUGUGUGAACACAGUGAUAGCAGUUUUGAUUUCUCUGUCUUCCGGAAUGCCCAAUCACAGUGCCAGCAUCCAGCUUUGUGUUCAGAAAUUAAGAAUAUUAAUAGAAGAUUCAGACCAAAAUUUAAAGUAUUUGGGAUUGCUUGCUAUGUCCAAAAUCCUGAAAACUCAUCCUAAGUCUGUUCAGUCCCAUAAGGAUCUCAUUCUCCAGUGUUUGGAUGACAAGGACGAAUCUAUUCGGCUUAGAGCAUUAGAUCUUCUUUAUGGAAUGGUAUCAAAGAAGAACCUAAUGGAGAUUGUGAAGAAACUGAUGAUUCAUGUGGACAAAGCAGAAGGGACAACUUACAGGGAUGAGCUGCUGACCAAAAUCAUCGACAUAUGUAGUCAAGCCAACUACCAGUAUAUCACCAACUUUGAAUGGUACAUAAGCAUUCUGGUAGAGCUUACCCGUUUGGAAGGAACGCGGCACGGUCACCUCAUUGCUGCCCAGAUGCUGGAUGUCGCCAUCCGAGUCAAAGCCAUUCGAAAAUUUGCUGUUUCCCAAAUGGCCAUGCUUUUGGACAAUGCUCACUUGAUAGCCAGUAACACCCAAAGGAAUGGAAUCUGUGAAGUGCUUUAUGCAGCAGCUUGGAUCUGUGGAGAAUUCUCUGAACACCUUCAGGAGCCUCAUCAGACUCUAGAAGCCAUGCUGAGACCUAAAGUCACCACUUUACCUGGUCACAUCCAAGCAGUAUAUGUGCAGAAUAUGGUGAAAUUAUAUGCAUCAAUUUUGCAGCAGAAGGAGCAAAGUGAGGAAAAGGAAGCAGCUCAGGAGAUCACCCAGCUGAUGAUUGACCGGCUUCCUCAGUUUGUACAGAGUGCUGAUCUGGAAGUGCAAGAGAGGGCAUCUUGCAUCUUGCAAUUGAUUAAGUAUAUUCAGAAACUACAAACAAAGGAAGUACCAGUGGCAGAAGAAGUGAUUGCCCUGUUUGCUGGGGAAUUGAACCCUGUGGCUCCCAAAGCACAGAAAAAAGUUCCUGUCCCAGAGGGUCUGGACCUCGAUGCAUGGAUCAAUGAACCUCCUUCAGAUAGUGACUCUGAAGAUGAAAAACCCAAAACCAUUUUCCAUGAUGAAGAACAAAGACAUUCUAAGCAUCGGCAACCUGAGAUUGAUGAAGAGGAGUUGGCUAGGCGUCGGGAAGCACGGAAACAGGAACAGGCCAACAAUCCAUUUUAUAUCAAAAGUUCUCCCUCACCUCAAAAGCGGUAUCAGGACACACCUGGUGUUGAGCACAUACCUGUGGUCCAGAUUGAUCUCUCAGUUCCCUUGAAGGUUCCAGGUAUUCCUAUGUCAGACCAGUACGUGAAGCUUGAAGAAGAACGGAGACAUAAACAAAAACUUGAGAAAGACAAGAAAAAGAAAAAGCAGAAAAAGGAAAAGAAAGGCAAGCAUCGGCGGCAUAACUCACUUCAUACAGAAAGUGAUGAAGACAUAGCCCCUGCACAGCAAGUGGAUAUCAUCACUGAGGAGAUGCCUGAGAAUGCACUUCCAAGUGAUGAAGAUGACAAAGAUCCCAAUGAUCCCUAUAAGGCCCUGGACAUAGAUUUGGAUAAGCCCUUAGCAGAUAGUGAAAAACUACCAGUCCAAAGACAUAGAAAUGCAGAGACCCCAAAAUCCCCUGAAAAAGAAGAAAUUCCUGUGAUAGAAAAGAAGAGCAAAAAACCCAAAAAGAAAGAGAAGAAACACAAAGAAAAAGAGAGAGAAAAAGAAAAGAAAAAAGAGAAAGAAAAAGAGAAAAAGGGGGAAGACUUGGACUUCUGGCUUUCUGCUGUUCCACCAGCUGCCUCCACAGCACAAUCACCUAAUGAACCCAGUGUAAAUACAGUUAUGGCUGUGCCUGAAGACUAUGAGGAACCUAAGAAAGAAGAGAGAGAAGAUGAAGAGGAUGAUGAAGAAAAGAAAUCCUCCAAACAUAAGAAGAAAAAGCAUAAGAAGGAAAAGGAAGAGAAGUCCAGGGACAAAAAGAAAUCCAAAAAGAAGAAGCAUCCAAGUGAAGAUGAGCAAGUAGAGGCCAUACAAAAUGGCACCCUUGAUGAUGAGCCCCUCCCGCCUAUGUCCAGUUACUGCCUUCUAGCUGAAAAUUCUUUCAUUAAAAUGACGUAUGACAUUCAAGGCAAUCUUCAGAAGGAUAGUCAAGUGACUGUGUCUGUGAUUUUUGAAAACAAGAGUGAUAGCUUCCUGAAAAGCAUGGAACUAAAUGUGCUGGAUUCACUGAACACAAAAAUGUCUCGGCCAGAAGGCACCUCAGUGCAUGAUGGAGUCCCUGUGCCUUUCCAGCUGCCCCCUGGAAUCUCUAAUGAAGCCCAGUUUGUGUUUACUGUUCAGAGCAUCAUCAUGGCACAGAAGCUAAAAGGGACGCUGUCCUUUAUAGUCAAAAAUGACGAAGGCUCCACCCAUGAAAAGCUAGAUUUCAAAUUACACUUCAGCUGCACCUCAUACUUGAUCACCACGCCUUGCUAUAGUGAUGCUUUUGCCAAGUUGCUGGAGUCCGGUGAGCUGAGCAUGAAUUCCAUAAAAGUCGAUGGAAUUAGCAUUUCUUUCCAACACCUGCUGGCAAAGAUUUGUUUUCACCAUCACUUUUCAGUUGUGGAACGAGUUGAUUCCUGCGCCUCCAUGUACAGCCGUUCUAUCCAAGGACAUCACGUCUGUCUGCUUGUGAAGAAGGGAGAGAAUUCCGUAUCUGUGGAUGGGAAAUGCAGCGACCCCACCCUACUCAGCAAUUUGUUAGAUGAGAUGAGAGAAACCUUGGCCAAGUGUUGAAUGGCCCCUUAUGCCCGCCUCUGCAGAAGACGCACCAAGGACAGCUUUCAAGUGUUACAUUUCUCCCUUGUCCGCAUGUACUAGACUGGGCACAUGCUUUUAAUUUAAUGUCACAGUCACCUGCAGUUUAGACAUCCCAAGGCUGUAGGUUACAUUGGUUUCUUUUAUUUUAAAAUUUUUUUCACUUUGAACCUUUUUACCAGCUGUAGCAAUAACCCUUUCCAGCCUCAAAACCUUCUGAAGUCCAAGACUGCCCAGAGUCUCUGUAUCCAGCUGUUUCCGAUACUCUAGUUGUAUCCCUCCCCCAUCCUGAUUUUGGGUGCUAGAACCCCUGACUAGCCACAGGCAGGCCCCGAUGGCGUAGCUGUGUCUGUCAGUUCUUAGGGGAACCUGAGACAAGUUUGCAGAACUUCCCUUCAGGGCAGUGAGGAGCAUGGAUGUAACCAGCUAGUGUGCAGGCCAGAUUCUCCCUGAACCCUUUGCUGUACACACAUUUGAUUUUGACUUUUGAGUAAUUGGAGGAUGGGGUAGGGGGUGGGGUGGAGAGGGAGGAGACAGGUUGUGGAGGAGGUGUAAGGAGAGAGUUCAGCUGACUUGGACUUCUACUUUGGAACAAAGCCCAGGGGCUGAAAAGAGUUAAAUUCCUUUUUUCCCCAUCCCUUGUUCAUCUCAAAAUCUGCAUAAUUAUAUAUCCCCUUCUAGUGAUUUCUUGCUGAUGUGCUACUGUAAAAUCCACCAAAAUCUCACAUCAUUGAAAAGAUAGAAUGUAGCAAAGGAACUGAAAGUCCAAAGGGAUAUGUGCGUGUGGGUGUGGAUGUGGAGGUGUGUCUAUGUCUGGGUGUGGAUGUGGAUAUGGAGGUGUGUCUAUGUUUAUAUGUGGGUGUGGAUGUGGAUGUGGAGGUGUGUCUGUCUGGGUGUGGGCGUUUCUGUGUCCUUGACUGGAAAAGCUCUUUGGCUUGUCACAUGAAGUUGACAAGUACUAUUUUAACCUUCAACCCCAGCCCACCCCUGCCCUUGAAGUUUUCAUUUGCCCCCAAACAAAGUGCAUAAAAGAUGUAAUGGCAGAUCACUUUCCCCUUGUUCCUUAUAAACUUUGUCACAGUGCUCCUCAGAGAGUGGCUCUCCGAAAUUUUGACUGUUGCUGAGGGGAACUGCUUGGGGAGGAAGGGGCUUAGCUGUGGGUUUAGAGUACACCACUACAGAGACAGGAGGGCUGGUGGUGGUACUGCUGGUGACGAUGGGAAGUAAUCAAAUCGAAUCAUAGAUGGCAAAAAGGGAUUGAUCUUGCUCUGGACGACCAACCCCUUCGUACUUUGUUGAGUCUUGUUUCAGGGGAGGGGGUGGAAUUUUGAGACUAUGCCAAUUUUAGGAGUGUAAUUUAGAGCCCCUUCCACUCAUCUCACUACUGGAACUGUGGUUUUCAACAUGGUGCAACUACAGCUGUCAGAAGGGUGUCCAGAAAGACGAGAAAGGGACAAACUCAGGUUGUUUGCACUUAAAGGUUCUUGGUAAUACUUGAAAUGCCAUUCCAGAGGCCUAAAGGUAUUACCAGCCACCCUCCAGGUGGAAAUUGUGAGGCCAGUAGGCCCAUGUAGUAUCCUCCCCAAGGCAGGUAGGUGCUGGGAAGGAAGCCCAGGGCCUCUUCAUAGGCCUCCUUAGUGUGUGCAAGAUGAAGGAAGCCCUGGGUUUCUCUGCAAUAAGCUCCUGGCAUGAAGUGACCUGUCUGCAAGGAGCCCUUCCUUAGCAGCAUCGAUGAGGUGAUCAUUGGGAUCCAAGAAGCAUUAUUUGUUGUCUGAUUGCACUUGUCUAUACCACAGAUUGGUGGGCAGUGGUUCAGGUUGGCUGGUAAAGUGUCAUUUUGGUUUGAGACGACCAGCUUGUGUUAAAAGACUGAACAUAUUGAAAACUGUCGUCAGAGAUAAUGGUCCUUAAUGAAUGGAAAUUCACAUUUUCUUUUUCAUGGAUAAAAACUGUCACUUUAGCAUGUAGAGUAUUCUCUAUUACAGAAUCCUGUGCAGUGAUUCUAGAAUUCUGAGACUGUAUGAUGUGUUAUAUUAAAGAAUUUAUUUGCUAUCAACAUUCCCUUACAAAGAAAAGAAAAACAUACCACAAGCUGCUGUAAUGAUUUUGUGUCAAGAUGAUCCAAUAAAAUUUCAAAACAGAAGUUUAAA